AUGUCAUCAGCAGGAAACCUGCCACCGGCAACACCAGCAUUCAUUCUCCGAGGGCAUACAGCACCCGUACAUGCACUUCAGUUCUACAAGCGAAAUGCCUAUCUGGUCUCCGGCGACUCCGAGGGCUGGAUUGUGGUCUGGCGCCUGGCAUCUAAGCGACCAGCAGCUUGCUGGCAAGGCCACAAAGGGAGCAUUCUAGGCAUCAAGGUGUGGGAGAAUCGCGUGAUUACACAUGGUCGUGAUCACAAGCUACGCGCGUGGCAAGUGACGGAGGCGAGCCUCGAGGGGGAGACGCUCGACGCACGAUUACCUGCUGAGGAGGGACUUCACGGAACGGAAAGAGAGCAGCCAUGGCUGCUGCAUUCAAUGGAAGUGAGCGCGUUGAAUUUUUGUGCUUUCGCCAUGUGCAUUGCUUCCAACGCUGGAAGUGCAGAGGAUGCUGAAUGUCAGGCGAUCAUCGCGGCCCCGAACGCUCUCGAUUCUGGAGGUAUUGAUUUCUUCCACUUACCAUCCGAGCGCCGCGUCUCGGUUCUCCCGGCCGAUCCUCAGGUCAAGACCGGCAUGGUAAUGGCACUUGAUCUUUUUCAUCAGCCCGAGACCGGGCUGCUCACGGUGAUCUCGGGCUAUGAGGAUGGGCGGACUAUGGUACACCAACGCAAACCGAUGGCAUCACCAGAAGAAAACUGGAAGUGGGAGAUGAUUCUGGUCAGCCGACCGCACAGCCAGCCGGUACUGUCCUUGGACACACUACCAUCCAAAGACUUCUAUUUUACGUCUUCUGCAGACGCUGUGAUUGGCAAACUUGCUAUUCCGACUUCUAACUUUGAUAGCGAUAAGAAUAUCAAACCGGCCAAGACCAACAAUACCAAACAUGCCGGCCAGCAGGACCUGAAAGUUCGAAACGAUGGCAAGAUUUUUGCCACGGCAGGUUGGGAUGCAAGGAUACGUAUAUAUACUACAAAGACGCUGAAGGAAUUGGCAGUACUGAAAUGGCACCAAGAUGGUUGCUAUUCCGUUGCAUAUGCCGACACCCUUUCCCUUGGGUUACAUGAAAUGCCCUCCGAAGCAGGCCAUGACCAAGCUCUUAUGGCAUCGAGAAACCCAACCAAUUCCGCGCUCGAAGUCAUCAGGCAACAGAGGAGUAUCAAAGCACAGAUGACGCAUUGGCUCGCCGCUGGAGGCAAAGACGGGAAGAUAUCUCUCUGGAACAUAUAUUGA